UGUUGUAUUAAGUCGUUCUCAGCAAAGCUUGUAGCAGGAUGUCGGGCCGUGGCAAGCAGGGCGGGAAAGCACGGGCUAAGGCUAAGUCGCGCUCCUCGCGGGCCGGGCUGCAAUUCCCGGUGGGCCGGGUGCAUCGGUUGCUCCGGAAAGGUAAUUAUGCGGAGCGGGUCGGAGCCGGGGCCCCGGUCUACUUGGCGGCCGUGCUGGAGUACCUGACGGCCGAGAUCCUGGAGCUGGCGGGCAACGCGGCGCGAGACAACAAGAAGACGCGCAUCAUCCCCCGCCACCUGCAGCUGGCCAUCCGCAACGACGAGGAGCUCAACAAGCUGCUGGGCAAAGUGACGAUCGCGCAGGGCGGCGUCCUGCCCAACAUCCAGGCCGUGCUGCUGCCCAAGAAGACCGAGAGUCACAAGGCCAAGGCCAAGUAAGCCUGGCGGCGGAGGAAAGCCAAAAUUUGCCGCCUGAGGAAAAAUUCUAAAGGCUCUUUUCAGAGCCACACACACAGUCGAGAAAGGGCGAGCCUAUCUCUAAGCGCCGGGGGGUGGGACUGAGCACAAACAGUGUUCGGGACCACGAUGGCUGGGACGCGUUUAUAAAACGCUUGUCUAGGGGAGGAUUGUGGGGGGCACCAGGAAUGUUCGUCGCCCCGUGAGUAACACGUAGCAGCGGCAGGCUUUUGGGUAAAGAUGAUUAGGGUUCCUAGUGCUCAGUCACUUCCUUAUCUCAAGCCUUAACCGUAGAACACCAGCUAAAGAGAACUAUCCGCGCCUUCCCCAGAGUGCCGCGGGGGUUGGGGGUGAGCGCAGACCGCGGGCUUUUCACAUUUACCCGCCGUUCCCACCUUUCCCCAGGAGGCGGCAGAAACUACCGGUCUGGGGUCGGUUUCUUUGCUCCCGUCUCUAGUUGCUCCUAGUUUGUGUCCGCAUAUACAUUUCAUGUAACUCUUCAAUGCACC